AUGACGCCUCUGCUAAUUUUCAUGUUGGUGGGAAGUCUCUUUGUGCAGCCAGCCGGUUCCCUGAAGUGCUACACGUGUCUGAAUCAGAUCAACCAUGCCAAGUGCCAAGGAGUGAUGGUCUGCAACGGAAAUGCCUCGGCGUGCAGAACCCACAUGCUGAGUGUCUUCUUCUUCGACUUCCUCAGCAAAGGGUGCUCGUUGUCUUGCAAGGUGACCUUCACAGACUAUAUUGUGGCCAAACGGAACGUCUCUUGUUGCAACACUGACCUUUGCAACCGAAGCAGCGCCGGGAGCUUUCGAAUGAGCCACGCCAAGGUGACCUGGGCCGCCGGUGCCAGCUUGACCAUGGCUUUUCUCAGGGGUGGACCAUGA